CAAACAUUCAUAUCCGCUGUGUCGUUUGGUGGCUUUCAUUCAUGCUUUAGCAGUGUGAGGUGGCAGAACUCCUCAGGUAAUGGACGGCACUACCUCCCGUCUAACCGAUCGUAUGCUCGGUUCUGUUUGGAAAAUGAACGCUAACUGGAAUUACUAGACAAAAAGAGAUCAGCCUUCAGAGGCUAGUGAAGUUCUUACAUGCUACAAGCUGAAGAUGGGAGACAAAUAGGUCUUAAAGAAUUAUUCAAUGUCAGCAGAGAAAGUGCCUCAAAAGCAUCUUGAGACAUUCUUUGCUAAGCCCCAUUGCCAGGCAUCAGCCCAAAAGACACAAAAAGAUGAAUUUCACCAAGGCUGUUUGUGAACAGGAGAGGCGACAUUUAAAACAAAACCAGCACUCACAUAUAAGGCGGCUGCAUACUGACAUGGUUUAAUUAUGCCUUUCUCAGUUAAGACACCAUCCGGUAUCUUAUAUUAAUUAUGGCAUAAUACAAUUAGCCCCCUAAAGCAAGUAUAAAGUCUUUUUCCCUAUCGGAAGAGUAUUGAUGCAAUGAUGUUUAUCGGAUUGAUCCUCAAAGCAGCACUCCCAUUGCAUCUUUGAGGCCUCCUCCCCACAUCCUAUGGAGGCGGAGGAAAAGCAGUCGGCCGAUGGAGUGCGGUCUGGUGGGCAACAGCAGCCAUCAGAGUCUUUGUUAGCAGCGCAGCUGCCUCAGUUACAGCAACAAACUACCUCACAAUCUGUCCAUGGAUCACGUGGCCGCCCUCAACACAGGCAGCCAAAACGCUUUGAAAUGCUUCAAAGGCAGAAGCAGCAGCAACAGUCACAGGCGGGUGGAUCAUCUUGGCAGCUUUCAGAAGUACCUGGUCCUUCAAGAGGCAGCUGUUCUGCCCUGGGAGAUCCAUCUCCCCAAAUUCAAAGUGUUAAGCAAACUCAGUCUCUGCACAGUGUGGAAUUACAGGAAGGCACCCCAUGUAGACGAGAACGUAAACCCCAAAAACCAGGGAAAUAUGUGUGCACAUACUGCGGCCGUCCUUGUGCUAAGCCUAGCGUCCUCCAAAAACACAUCCGAUCUCACACUGGAGAGAGACCUUAUCCAUGUGUUCCAUGUGGCUUUUCCUUCAAGACCAAAAGCAACUUGUACAAACACCGCAAAUCCCAUGCGCAUCGAAUAAAAGCUGGCAUGGCCUCAAGUCGUGAAGAAACCAGUUUCAUUGGGCCGGAAGGUGGAGCCUUAAGAGAUGAGCAAGAGGAGGGUACAGAAGGAGAGAGUUCAGGUUCUGAGGAUGAGACGGGGCAACACCAACCAUCUACCUCACAGGGCAGGCCAACUCUGAAGAAAAGCAGUAAAGUGGAAUUGUCAUUUAUAGAGGAGGGUCCCCAAACUGAGGAUUCACAGGCAAUCAAGCAAAGGUUAGCUAUGAGGCUAAGCGAGAGGAAGCGAGCUCCCAGAGCAUCUUCAGAUGAAACGCGAUCCUCACUGGGUCCCGGCAGCAAGGGGAGCACAGAAUCUGGCUAUUUUUCCAGUUCUGGGAGUGCUGAGCUUUCUCAAGUGAGCCCACCAAAUGCCAGUGCUAAAACAUAUGCUGAGAUAAUUCUAGGAAAGUAUGGACGCCUAGGACAACAGCAACGAAUUUCACAUCAACAACUGCAAUUAUCAUCAUCUUCAGGUCAACAGGAAAAAUCAAUCCCUUUCACUGUUCCUAAGACACAAGUCAUUGAGCAUAUAACUAAGCUAAUUACUAUAAAUGAAGCCGUGGUGGAUACAAGUGAAAUUGAUAGUGUCAAACCAAGGCGUUCUUCACUCUCUAGAAGAAGUAGCAUAGAGUCUGUAAGAUUCUCUUCACCCAAAGAACCCUGUGUUCUUGAACCAAAAGCGGAUGCCCCAAGCUCUUGUGGCGCUGCUGUUCAACUUAUUCCUGGUACUUUUGCAAGUGAAUUACCUGGCUCAUAUUUGGCUGAAACAGAAACACUGACUGGUCAGAGCUCCAGUGCUCUUCUUUAUAGGAGUCAAUCAGUGCCAUCUUCUCGUAAUACUUCAGAUACAGCUUCACGCGGCUUUCGUUUAAGUCAUUCUUUUGAUGAUCAGCAGGCCAUAGCAGCUGAAAUGAGGAUUGGGCCACAUCAACGUAUGUUACGACGCCAACCAGCUAUUGAGGUGCCAGUUGGAGUGGACCUCAUUAAUGAGGAUGCAGGUCCUUCUUCUAGUUUGAAAGAAGUAGAAUCGGGAAAGAAACAAAAUAAGGAAUUACACCUUUAUGAGUGUGAAAUUUGUGGCACUCACUUGAAUAAGAACUCUUACACCGCACACAGAUUAGUGUGUACGAGUAAAUCUCCACACUGUCUGCAAAGUGAGGAAGGCAGUUCUUUUAUUGAGAAUCAGCCACAGAUUAUGAGCUACAAGUUCAAAGCAAUGGCCAUGGCUGUGCGCAAAAGGAAAAAAAAAGAAGAAAGUCUUGAGGAAGACCCUCCCAGUCCAGGUCCAACAGCAGUGUCUUUCAGCUCCCAGCCUCCAUCAAUGCUAGGCAGUAUUGAUAAUCAGGGCACACCUCAUGGCCUUUCACAGAGCGAGGUAGAAAAAAGGAGUUCCUGGAAAGAAAUUUCUGUUAUCCAGCACACCAGAUCCUUUGAAAAACAGGAAAGCAUCUCUAUGGCAAAUCAGGAAGCAGAGUCAGAACACGAGCAAUCACAGGAGCCAAAACCAAUCUCUACAUCGCGGUUAAUUCGUCAACAUAACAUUCAAGUGCCAGAAAUUCUUGUUACAGAGGAGCCAGAUACUGAGAUGGUCAUUCAUCCAGCGUGCACAUACACCUCUAAAGAGUCAGAAAAAGUGGAGGAAUUCCAGUGGCCUCAGCGUAGCCAAAGUAUGGCUCAGCUCCCUGCAGAGAAGCUACCACCAAAAAAGAAGCGUCUCCGUUUAGCUGAGGCAGCCCAAUCAUCAGGAGAAUCUAGCUUUGAGUCAGUAUCCUUGCCACACAGCCCAAGCCAAGAGAGCAAUGUGUCCCAUGCCUCCAGUCGAUCUGCAUCCUUUGAGGAAUCUGGAAGGCCAGACACAGAGAUGCAAAGUGGUACCUGGAUCUCCCAAGGCUCUCACAUGCUGACUGUUCCAUCAAGUCUUCAUCAGCACCAUCAUUCUCACAGAGAGAUGCGCCGCUCAACCUCUGAACAGGCAACUGCAAGUCCUUCACACCCUGCACAUGUAGAGGAAACAAGAAGUAAGUCAUUCGACUAUGGCUCCCUCUCUCAAGAGCGCACUUUUGCUUCUUGGAAGGAGAGGAGGAAAUGUCUCUUGGUGAAGCACGGAACCCUUGGUGAACCUGAUCAGGAGGAGCCAUGUACUAAACCUGGCAUCUCCACUGUUUGCCAGUCCUACUUAGGUCAUCCUCCAUUCAAAUACACAGAGCAUAGAAUGGAAGGCAGGAUCCCUAGGAUUAGCUCAGAUCAUAUAGGGAAGACCCUGCAGCUCAUCCAAUCCCCUCUUUCACUCCCACCAUCAGUUUUCCCCCUACAACAAGCAAACCCAGAUUUUUGUUCCCCAAGUCAGCUCUCUAGAUUCCUUCCAGUCACAACAGCAGUAAUUUCUACCCAGAUGUUUCAGCAAGCCUUCCUUCACAGUGAGCCACCUCCACCACAUCCAAGACCCAUAGAAUAUGUAGAGCGCCUGGGAUUACCCCUUCAACCACUCACUACUUUAUUCCCGCUACAAUCCAGUGAUGUUGCUCAGGCUGUUUGCUUUCCCAUGCCAGGUGGUCUGACUAUUCAGGUUCCCUCGGGGCCUCUUUUCAGUGAGUCUAGGUCAUCACCUUCCUCCUUGCAUACUCCCAGUCAUUCACAACAGCAGCUAGUCACCCGCCACAACCCCCGUCCUGUGAUUGCCCCUUGCCUUCAACAGCUAAUGCCAAUGGUGUCUCUUGUAGUGCCUGUGCGCUUACAGACUCACAUUCCUACCUAUGCUAGUGCCAUGUAUACAACCAUCUCACAAAUUUUAGCCACAACACAACAUCCAGUCUGCUGCACAGCUAUGGUAAUCAUGGGUAAGCUGGAGGGAGACAAGCUUCAGAGAUCUUACCUUAGGCUGCCCUCGCCUAGCCCCAAGAGCUAUAUUCCCUUGCCGCUCCCUAUUGAGCAUGGAGCAGUUGCUUCAUCUGAUGAUAGCUGUGGACACCUUGGUGCUGGAGGAAGUAAGCGAAUGCUGUCACCUGCAGGUAGUCUAGAACUCAGUUUAGAGGCACAACGGCAUCAAAAACGGGUGAAAGAGGAGGAGGAGAAAGAAGAGUGCAACAAGGAAGAUGACGUUAACAAAUGUGACAAUAAAUCUCAGGAGGUAGGUCAGGGAAAAAUUAACAAGAGGCUAACAGUGGAGACAGCGGGGAGGGCCAAAGAUCCAAGAGAAGUACCUGAAGGAGAAAAGUUAAUCAAACAGGACUUAACCCAACACAAAUCUGAGACCUUGAAGGAAGAGGGAAGGAAAGAGGCAGGAGAUCGGUAUGCUCCAAGGGUAACAAGUCCAGAGAGAACCAUGGACCCCUCAUACCCUAGUCUGCAUACCACUACAUCCGUCAGCUGGUGCUACUUGAAUUAUACAAAGCCCAACCCCUCUACACACAGAGAUUCAACUUCUGUAUAUUCCUCGUGGAGUGUUAGCAUGCAUAACCCCAAUAUACCUGGCUUGUCCACCAAAAUAUUACUGUCCCUGCUGCACUCCAAACAAAAAUAUAGUGCUGAGACAUACACUUUGGCUACAGCUCCACUGUCAACCACUGACAAGCUGGUUCCUACUGACGGCAAGACAACUAGUGCAUCAGAGGUAUGUGCUUCUCCACCCAACACACCCAUCAAAGUAAAAGAGGAACCAACAAAUGAACAGGGCGAUAAAGAGAAGAAGAGUGCUGAUGACAUGCCCACUACUUCGACUCAAAGUGAGACGGCACGUAUUCGCAUUUUUGAAGGCGGGUGAGUAAAUUCUUGCUUGCUAUUUUUGAAUCUGUAGCUGGUCAAGAUAAGAUAAAAUAGUUUAGAUACAGUAAAGCUUAAAUAGUUAGUUAUACUACAAGCUACUAACAAUACAA